AAUUAGUCGCACCGCGUAGUUCGAAGCAAGUGGAUUAAAUGGUGACGAAAGAUACAGUCGCUCCGUCGCCGGCCGCCAAAUGAAGUAUUCAUUAUCCUGGACAAGCAAUUAGCACGUCGCCAGUGAAACGGGUCACUUCGCAGUCAAAGGAUGCGCAUUGGCAUUGCUGCUCAUCCGACGUGUUGGCCGGCAGAAUCACGCUUAAUCAAGAGACCCACUGGGAAUGCGGAGCCUUAACCGGAUCUCGGUGUCUGUGUCCUGUUUUCGGCUUUUCCGGUCCGGUGUCCCGUGUGUCCCGUGCGUUCGAUUGUCUCUGAUUUCACGCAAAUGUAAUCCUCGACCGCUUGAUUUCGGUGCGUUUUUCGGUUUGUGUUUCGUGACUUGAGUAAAGGCAAAAGUUGAUUCAUCAGCCGCAGGAUACGGGCAAACAAACAAACAAGCAAAUGGAGCUGGGCGAGUUCACACGGGCUUGAGUUUGUGUGUGCGUCAGCACAAAAAUAAAAUAGUGAAAAUAUAAAGCACAAUACCACGGCAGCGACACAUCCUUGAAUCCUUCGUUCAUAUAUAUAUAUAUAUGUAUGUGUAUAUAUAGUAUAAGCAUAUAUGGUGAGAGCGAAACGAGCGCUCAGUCACGCAAAACGCCAGCGCACUUUGACCUCAUUUUGGGCAACGUUUUACGCUCGAGUGUGUGACCCUGCCACGCCCCCAACCAUACUGCCGCCCCCUUCGACAUGUGUGUGCGCAAGUUCUCCUCUUUCGGGCAUAAUGAUUUCAGCACAACACAGCACAGGAAGCAAAUUAAAUCAAUAAGUUGGCGUAUCAUCGCUUAAACAGGAUAAACUGCAGAUUGCAAUUUUAGUGCAGUGCUAUUUCUUUUUUUUUUUUGCACCCUCCAUUGAAAUGGUUUCCAAGUGUUCGUUUGUGUGAUGCACGUAAUUAAGCCAUUUUUGGCCAGUUAAUAAAAACGCACAAAUGCGAACGCAUUUAAUUCAAUAAAUACGGGAUAUACAAAUGCGCACUGAUAUGGAAAUUUUCAAAAUUCCACUCGAUUUUGAAUGCAUUAACAAAUGUAAAUUAUAUAGAAUUUAAUGUAUCUGCGCCUUUCCCGUUAACAUGGUCAUUUUGGCUAAUGAAAAUAAUAAACUCGUUUCCGGAAAUGCAUUUAAAUAAAUAUUAUUUAUAAAUACCCGCCUGAAAGUCCUGUAAUGGCAAAACAAGUGCAAGUUAAAUGUAUGUAAAUGAUGCCAAUUAUAUUCGCCUAUGUAAAAAAGUCUUUGUUUUGUAAAUCAAUAAACGAAAUUGAAGCCUAUAAUGUGUGUCGCCGCAAGAUAUUAACAAUUAUAUACAAAUUGCAUUUUAAUGUAUUUAACGGAUCAACAUAAAAUCGUGAUGUAAGGAAAACUCAGCGAUUACAGUUCAAGUUUAUUGAAUGCGGAAAAAAAUCGCUGUGCAGUUCAACAAUAAAUAUUUUAUUAAACUAUUACUUAAUUAAAUUCUGUGCAAAUAUUUAAUCAACCGAAAUACACGAGAAACUUUAUAACACGUGCAAGAAUUCCACAAUAUUUCAACAAAAAAAUGAGUUAAAUCAAUGUUGUGAAUUUAAAAGGAAAUGUACACAAUCUGAAAAUGGAUUCAAUGCCAUAAAAAUGCCUGAUAAUUUAAAGCAAUAUCUAAACAGCCAUUUAAUCAAAGUAAAAAGUUUUAUCAUAAGUUAUAGUUAUACGGUAUAAAAAAUAAGUUUUAAAGCCAAAACUUCCAAAGCCUAAACUAAUAAACUUAAUACACGAAAGCACCAAAAGGUUUAAGGAUUUCAAGUUGGCCAACACCAAUCAAUAAAGUUGGCCAAUUGCUAUGGGCCAUUUAUGACAUGCCGGUGUGUUCGCAAGGAAAAAUAGGCCAUUGCCUAUCCUCCGUCCACAAAAUGGCAUUCCCUUAUAUCUGGGCACUACUGGCCCUCAUCUGCUCCGCUUCAGGUCUCAGCCUACCCAACAUGACCUCAACGGAUGCAGUGGUUGCCGGUGGAGGCAUUUUGCCAAUCCUGGUUGCAGGAAAUCCCGGCAAUCUGGGGAGCAGCAAUAUGAGCCUGAGCGGCGGGGGAGGAUUGACCGGCAGCAGUCCCGGCGGACAAUCGUUACCGGAUACCGGAGGAGGCAACUCUGCGGGCGGCUCGCCGGCGGCUGGCAGCAGCGGUACCGGCGGCGGUGGCAGCAACAGCGGCAUCAGUGGCAACAACUCGGCCAUGAUCCAAGGACAAAAGAGCAACCAGUACGAGAAGUGUGCGGGUCCUGGAGAUCCGGGUCCCUGCAAGCAGUACAUCUACAAGUGGCGCUACGAGCCAACCACCAACGAGUGCACCAACUUCAUUUGGGGCGGUUGUGAAGGAAAUCCGCAGAACCGUUUUGGCACCGAGGCGGAGUGCCUGUUCCACUGCAUCGGCGGACCACACACUCUGCCACCGUUCCUGCAAUCCACCACCCGUGAGCCGAGCACCACGGAAAGCUCCAUGCUUCUGGGUCUGCCGUACACCCAGAGUCCGGCUCAGUCGCCGGACGGAAUGGGCGGGGCCGAGGGCGGCGAUGGAACAACGCCCGUGCCCAUUGAACAGCGCGGACCCGAGCUGACUUUCGCGGAGACGGGACAAGGCAAAACUUUCAUUUUCGCCAAGAACAACACGUUCAUCCAAAUGGACGGCGACAUCAUACAGACAUUUCAAUUAAGACUUUGCCGUGAGAUUUCAUUUCAAUUCCGCACCCGACUGCCGCACGGCCUGCUCGUCUAUCACAACGUUAAGAAUCCGGAUCGCAUUAUUUUGGACCCCUAUGCACUCUACGUGAUUGUGGAGAAGGGCCAGCUGAAGGUGGUCCAUGUCUUUGGCAAGCAUUCAACGAGUGUCACUGUGGGCGAGAGUCUAAAUCGAGAUGAAUGGCACAGUGUGAUGGUGCGCAUCGAUGUCCAUGGCGCAAGAUUAAUUGCACGCGUCGACAAUAGUCAGGAGGAGGUCUAUCUGAAAGGACUGAAUCACGAGUACAACUACGGCGUCUCCACGAAUCUGCCAUCGGUGGUCCUGGUCGGAGGCCUUUCCUCGGAGGAGAAGCUGCACGGCGUGAAAUACAUUACUGAGUCCUUUGUGGGCUGCAUCCGCAAUGUGGUCCUGAGCUCCGGCAAGGCCGCCUCUGACCUCCUACCCAUCGCUCCCCUGGUGGCCACCAAGCACGAGAACGUCAACGAGGGAUGCUCGGACAUGUGCGAAUCCCGGCACAACCUCUGCUUCGUGGGAUCGCGCUGCAUCAACCACUACGGAGGAAUCUCCUGCGACUGCUUUGGCACCCACUACGAGGGCGAGCACUGCGACAUUUACACGGCCACCAUAAUCACAUUGCGAGGAGCUAGCUAUGUAUCCUACAGGAUAUACGACUGGAAGGAUCGGGUGCACUCCUCCACCAGGCGUAUUAGUCUGAUGUUCCGCACGAAUUUCGACGAUUCAGCACUAUUCUACGCCAGUGGCGAAUCACUGAAACAUCAGUAUAUAGCGGCUUCCAUUAAAAACCAGUCGGUUCACGUGGAAAUGGACUUUGGCGACAAUGUGAUGAGCACCGUGCUCACCGACGACCUGACCCGCGGAUAUUGGCACAAUCUGACGAUACUACACGAACAGCGAACGGUUAGCAUUAUCCUGGAUCAGCAGCAAAAGGUCCUGGAACUGCCAGCCACGGCCAGUGGGAAUAUGCUCUUCGAUCCGGAGAUAUAUUUCGGCGGAGGACCGGAACUGCACAAAAAGAAGGGUCUGGCCUCACAUAACAAUUUCGUGGGCAGCCUGAAGUAUGUCUACUACAACGACAUCUCCAUUCUGUACGAACUGCAGCGGGGUAAUCCCAAGGUGCACUAUCACGGCGUGCUGGAGGCGGAGUUUGUCGAGAACGAAGUGAAUGUCAUACCAAUCACCUAUCCCUUUGCGACAUCACACAUUUGGUGGCCCAUAAAUCACGCCGAGGAAUUUAAUAUUAAAUUCGAUUUCCGCAGCAGUCGGCCGGGCGCGGUGCUGGCCUACAGUGACGUAACGACCAGUGCCGGAAAUGGCUUCUGGGAGAUACGUCUGACGUCGGACAAACUAAGUUUCGAUCUGGUACCCGAUGUCAACAACAAUGUAACCCACUCGACCACCAUUAAAAUCAAUAGGGCCACCUCCUGGCACAGCGUGGAGCUGGACUAUAAGCUGGGCGAGAUUCGGUUCACGGUGGACUAUCGGCACACUCUCAGCCAGAUGUACGGCUUAACCUUUAACAUCGGGGACAAACUGAUCAUUGGCAGCAGCUUAAAGUCGGCAGCCAUGGGCUUGGUGGGCUGUAUACGGGAUAUAGAAAUCAAUGGACAUUUGAUCGAGCCGCGACAUGUUGUCAAAACUGAACGAGUUGUGGGAGAGGUCGCCCUGGACAACUGCAACUACAUAGAUCCGUGCAAAAGACCCAAUACCUGUGAGCAUGGUGGCAAAUGCUUUGUAAAGGACGAUCGAGUCACCUGUGAUUGCAAACACACGGGUUAUAUAGGCAAAAAUUGUCACUUUACCAAGUACAGAAAGACCUGUGAGGAGCUGGCACUCUUGGGUUUCACCAAAUCGGAUGUCUAUCUCAUCGAUAUCGAUGGCAAUGGUGUUUUUCCACCUGCCCAUGUCAAGUGCGAUUUCCAGAGCCUUGAGAAUGCCACCAAAACGAUUGUGGAGCACAAUCUGCCCAGCCAAGUGGAUGUGCGAUCCGCCAGGGAAUCGGACUUCAGCUUCAACAUCAGAUAUAGGGAAUUUUCACCCCACAUGCUGCAGGAACUUAUCUCACAUUCACUGUACUGCACUCAGUACAUCAAGUACGACUGCUACCGGGCUCAGUUGGAACUGCACUCGGCCACCUGGUUCACAUCCUCGGCCAAGAAUCUCACCGUCGACUUCCUGGGCAAUGUCAAGAGAGGCGCCUGCCCGUGCUCCGUUAACAAGACGUGCGUGGAUCCGAAUCAAUCAUGCAACUGCGAUGUGAAGGAGAACAAAUGGAAUUCGGAUGAGGGCUACUACCAGGAUCCCCAGAGCCUGGGCAUUACCAACAUGUACUUCCUGCAGCAGAAGGAUAUGGAUGACGAGGCCCAGGGUCGCAUCACUCUGGGUCCCCUGGAGUGUGUUGAAACAAAUACGCAAAAGUACGUGGUCACCUUCACCACAUCGCAGUCGUACAUCGAGGUGCCCGGCUGGAGGAAGGGCGACAUCGCCUUCUCGUUCCGCACCACCGGCGAGAAGGCCAUCCUGCUGUUCCAGCCACCCAUCCGGCCGCACUAUCCAUCGUUCAUGGUGGCGCUGACCGGCGAUGACCAGCUCACGUUCACCUUCACCCUGAGCACGGGCACCACCCGCGAGCUGGUCAUUAACUCGCACCGCCGGCUGAACGGCGGCGAGUGGCAUAAAAUAUGGAUCGACUACAACCAGUAUCAUGUGCGCUUCAUGAUAAACACCGAUUACCAGAUGCUCGAUUUGCUGCCCGAGGAGGAGUUCGGCCCGUUCGAGGGCAGCAUGUACAUCGGUGGCGCCACAUUCGACCUGCUGAAGAAGCUGUCAGUUAAGGCCGGCCUUAUUGGCUGCUUCCGUGGUCUGGUGGUCAACGGCGAGAUUCUCGACAUCUACAGCUACAUGUCGGUGCAUCUGUCGGAGAUUAUCAAGGACUGCAAGCCAUCCUGCGUCCCAUCGCCCUGUCGCAAUGGCGCCCAGUGCAAGGAGCUCUGGAGCAGCUUUAAGUGCGUCUGCAACAAUCCCUGGGCACAUAUCGGCGAAUUCUGCGAGACAAACAUCAACGAAAAGGCUCUUACCUUCAUCAACCGGGAAUCCUUCCUGAUGCGAAAUUAUCUGAGUGUGGGUGCCACACCUGUUAUCCUAAUGCACGGGAUAAAUGGCGAACGGGAUGUCCUGAAGGGAAUCCUUAACCAAGAUCUACUGAUCAAUCUACGAACAUACGACACGAAUGCCCUGGUGCUUUAUGCCAACGAUCAUUAUAAUAACUUUGUGCACCUGUACAUUAGUCUGAACCGAGAGAUUGUUUUCCUAUACAAUUACGGCGAUGAAAUUGUGAAUCUUACGCUGCUAGAUGACACCUUAAUGGCGUCUUUAAAAAGCAUUCAAGUGGCCAUCGUGCGAGGAGAGCAGGAAACUAGGAUGCAUGUGAACGAGCGCAGUGUGAGCAUCGAUAGAGGAACUCUGCUCCUUGAUGAGUAUGCCAACAAGCCUUGGAGUAAUCCGGAAAAAGAGGUCCUGUCACCCCACCGCCCGCCUGCCCCGCCCACCGAGUACUUCCAGUUCCACGUGGGCGGCUAUGAUCCGGCGAAUUUGCUGCGCCCCAAUGUGGAUGCACCGGCCCUGGAAGGCUACAUCGGGUGUGUGCGGGGCCUGAAAAUCGGAGCGCAGUUGAUCGACUUGGCGGAUAUCAAUGAAAGGAAUAUAGCGCCCACCCAGGAAGGUGUGCUGCCCAAUUGCCAGAUCAAGUGCGAUGCAGAGCCGUGCAAAAAUGGUGGCACCUGCCAGGAGCACUUUGCGGAGCAACUCUCGACAUGCGAUUGCGAGCACACGAGUUUCCUGGGUGAAUUCUGUUCGGAGGAGAAAGGAGCAGAUUUCAGUGGCGAAUCGACGUUGCAGCGCAAAUUUGAACUGCCUGGUACGGGUCGCGUUGACUAUGUGCGCCUGCAACUGGCCUUUUCGUCCUUCGACCUGAGGCGGGCCAAUCGGAUAAUGCUGCUGAUGCAAACGGAGGCUGAGCGCAGCUACUACCUUCUAUUGGCCAUCACCUCCGACGGGUACCUGCAGCUGGAGGAGGACCGAGAUAAUGGGCAAACAGUGGGCGCCCGGAUCGAUCGGAAUUUCCUGAACAGCGCCAGGCAUUCGGUGUAUUACGUCAGGAAUGGCACCCAAUCGCAGCUCUACAUUGAUCGCGAGCAGGUGCCGCUGAGCGAGUUCGCCGCACGUGUCCUUACCACCGGUGGCGAUGCUGGCUCGAAUCGCGUCCAGAUCGGCGGCAUCAACAGCACGGACUCGCGGUUCGCCGUCUUUAAAAGCUACAGCGGUUGCCUGUCGAACAUCUAUAUACAGGUGAACGGGCAUGUUAUGAAGCCACUCGAGGAGUACAUGCUAUUCACAAAGUCCGGUGCCGACAACAUAACGGUCAUCAAUCCGCAGGGCGUCCGGAGCGCCCAGUGCAACGCCAAAUUCGAUGUGAGCGAGCAGCCCACCCAGGAGCCCAUGGUUAAUGUCAGCAUGAUUCCCGAGCCAUGGGUGGAGGAGCCGCCAGCCCGCGUUCCCUACAUACCGAGAUUCGUGUACGAUGAGAACAAGCAGGAGGACUCCACGCAGGUCGUCUUCCUCACGCUGACCAGUGUCUUCGUCAUCAUCGUGAUUUGCUGCCUGCUGGAGGUGUAUCGCAGCCACUUGGCCUACAAGAAGCGCAUCGAACGCGAGACGGACGAGGACAUCAUCUGGUCGAAGGAGCAGGCAACCAAGAUGCACGAGUCGCCAGGUGUUAAGGCCGGCCUCUUGGGUGGCGUCACGGCGGGUUCGGGGAAUGGCCUGCCUCCAUAUACCUACAAGGCGUUGCCGCAGGAGGACAAAAAGCCUGGCAACGGUGCCCCAUUGGUGGGCAUUUUGAAGAACGGCAGUGCCACGCCCUCGCAGCCUGGCACGCCCACCGCGCUGUCCAAAAAUGGAGACAUCGCCUCGCGCAUCGAAGAGGAGGAAGAGGAGGAGGAUGAGGCGCCCGUGCAGAAGGCAGCGGAAAAAAGCGGCGAGAAAGAGGAGCCUCCGAAGGACACAACCGCCAGCGAAAUGAAGGAGUCACAGGCUCAGUCACCUGAACAGCUGGCAAAGGACACCACCGACGCUUCUGCCCCACCAAAAGCUUCCAAGGAGCCGGAGGCGCCGGCAGAGCCUUCGGAGCCAUCAUCUCAAUUAAACUCCGCCCAGAACGGACAGUUACCCCAAAUGGAGCAGGCGGCUGGAGGGGAUGAAGUGCAGGUGCAGGUGCCAAGUCUACCGCAGCAACAUGAAAUGCAAAAGCAGCUGCCGCCGCAACGACAACUGUCUCAACGAGGAGUUGGACUCCAGCAGCAGUCGAGCUCCAAGCGGAGGAAGCCAGGAGGAAGUGGUGCAGCCGGAGGAGCAACUGCAGUUGGGCCGGCCACAGUGCGGCGACAAGUUUCUUGGGGGCCGCCAAUCGUGGCCGAAACGGAUGUGGAUUUGGCCAACAACAGCAGCGGCAACAGCAAUGGAAAUGGAAAUCGCAAAGCGGGCGGCAAACAAAAUGGAUACCAUGGCGUCAAUAGACGGGCCACCACCACCAGGAAUUGAAGCUGGGCAACUGUCGCAAAAAACUGUCGCAGCGAGACGAAUGCCAAAAUGGCUCCUGAAAAUAUGUAUAAAAGCAUAAAUAUUUAGCCGAAUUGAUGGCAAGAAAACAAAAAACAAAAAAAACCCGGCCAAAACCAACAAGGCACAAAGGCAGCAAGCGAAAGAGCCAGAAAAACAAAAGCAAUUUGUAUAAAUAAAAGCGAGUCAAAAGUGCGACAGAGACAAAGGCAAAACAAAUAAUAUAAAUUGAAAAGAGGCAAGUCCUUGGAUUGCUGUGUAUAAAGAAAACUGUCUGCCCAUCGACUUGAAUAUUCCUCAAAAAAUACAGAAUGUCAUAAACUUUUUGCAUCAAAUGUUGCAACAACUUGAUUCGAAACUGGCUAAGAAUUUAAGACUUUAGCUUAAAUACAUUUGAACAAAGACAAAAGGAUUUCGUACUAUAGAAAACCGAACUAUUACCAGAAUUAGUGGGAUAUAUGCUUCAUACCAACUAAUAAAUUUAAGCAAGCUUUGAAAUCUUUUGUAAUUGUUAAUAUGCUUAUUUGUUUAGCAGUUAUUUUGUAAUUUUGUGUAGUUAAUAUCAAGUGCACACUUAGCAAUAACCUCUUUAAACUCAUAAACUUACAUGUAAAUUGAUACCUUUUUAGAUUUAAGCACAAAAUUAACUUUGCUGCAACGCAAAGUUGCCUCCAUUAAGUUUUAAGAAGUGCACAACUUUUUGUUUUUUGGUUUUUGUAAAUUCCAUUCUGUACUGUGUGAUAUACGAAUGUAAUAAAAGUUCUUCGGCCAGGAAAUGAGAACACAA